AUGGGGAAAUAUGUGUGGCAAGUUUCUCAGAAGGAAGAUCUCUUGUGGAUAAAAUGGAUUCACAGUGUGUACAUUAAGCAAGAAGAUUGGUGGGAGUAUUCUGCUCCUGCAACAGCUAGCUGGGGGUGGAAAGUCAUCUGUAAGGCAAAGGAGAAGUUUAAGCUAGCUUAUAACAACAACAAGUGGCUGGAUGGAUUUGGGGAGUAUACCAUUAAAGAUGGUUACAAGUGGUUAAUGGGUGAUAUUCCUAGAGUAAGAUGGCACUAUUGGGUCUGGAACUCAUACAACAUUCCCAAACAUUCAUUUAUAGGGUGGCUUGCUGCCCUAGGUAAACUGAAGACUAAAGAUAAAUUAUUUCAAGCUGGAGUGUGCAGUGAUCAGGAUUGCUUACUGUGUAUUCAUGGUCAGGACUCAUGCUCUCAUCUCUUUUUUUACUGUCAGUACAGUAAUAAAGUUUGCACUCAAGUCUUGGAUUGGUUAGGGUUGGCUUCUCAUCAGCAGGAGAACUUGUAUGUGAGUUGGAAAAAGUGGGGAAGGAAGUAUAAUAACACAGUUAAGAAGAAGUUUUGUUAUGCUACUUUAGCUGCAACUGUGUAUUAUAUAUGGUAUGCUAGAAACACUGCGCAUUGGAAGUAG